GCGCAUGCACCGGGUUUCAGGUGAAGUGGAAAGCCCCUGCCUGGUUACAGCUCACUGGCUGUCAAGAGUGCAGCUUGAAUUCAAGGCAAGGAGUUUUAUUUUUGGUAUGGAAAAGGGGUAGGUCACCAUGUCCUGUUGCUCUGUUCUACUAAUCUUCCGCCAGCACACUCGGAGUUGUACCCUGCAGCUGCACACUUAACUGCACAGUAAUAUUUGCACAGAUCAGCAUCAUCUCUCAUCUCUAGCCUCACCGUGUUGAAAUGCUGAUGGCUUUAAGUUAUGGUAGUCAGCCUAAUCUGCUUUCACAGCAAUACCCUCCUCCUCUACUGCCAAAACCAGGGCCAGACAAUGCCCGUCUGCAGAAACUCCUGAAGAAAAGUUCUAAGAAAAAAGUCGGCUCUUCCUCUCAGACGCCCAUCCCAUUCAGGUCGAACUUGUCGCCAGUAAAUGAGGCCAGCCCUGACCUGGAGCACAGUGACCCCUCCACCCCUCCAAGGACUCCAGAAAGCCCUCUCUUCAGCAGGACCCUCGAUUCUCAAUAUUCCACCUGCAGCCCUUUCUACAGUCACUCUGCCUCCCCUUACUUAUACCCUGCCAACAGCUCACACUACAGCUCUACGCCCACACUGUCUGCACAGCCAUACUCUUACCCUGCCCAAUCACUGGAGCACCAGAUAGCACCUCUAUACACAUGCUCAUCUAUCCUUUUUGACGAUGACUCAGAGCAGGCCACAGAUGCUGACCCAGAUGCAUCCUUUGAGAUAGCCUUAAGCCAAACGCUUCAGUCCAGCUCCUCAAGAGCAGGGACGAUGUAUGGCACACUUGGUGAACGACAGACCUAUCAAGCCUCAGUACAAAUACAAGCUCCCCCUUUGGCUCCAAUUCAACUUCCCGCUCCAAAUUUGACAUUGGCCUGUGCUUCAGGUUACCAGACACAACCCAUAUCUCAGGUUCCAGUGAGCCAAUCCAACAGGGAAAGAUAUAAAAAUGUUGCACCUGCACUUGUUACUCACACACCUCUCAAAUGUAAUCACGUCAUGGAAACAGCUGGGUCACACUUCAAGAUUUCCACAGCGGAGAAAAUAGCAGAUUUUCCACAAACAAGAAUUUAUACUCCAAAAACCUCCUUUUAUGAGAUAUCAAAGCCACCUAUUCAGGACUCCUGGACUUGUGGUUCAACCUUUCAAGGAGGAGCACCAUUUAAUGCAAAAACUUCAGUGAUAGAUGUUAAACAAAAUGUAGGGAUGCUGUAUGAAGCUCAAACACCUUCUUGUCAGAUAAAUACAUAUGCAGGCCAAGUUACAGGUGCAAAAAGACCUGUUUUGGAGGCUUCUGCAGAUAAUCAACCCUUAUUUAUAUUUAACUCUACAUUAUCCACAACAAUGAUUUCUACAGAAAACCAAAAGGGGCCCAUGCCUCAAAAUCACCUGCUCCAACCUCCCUCAUCGACUAAUGUAAAAGCUCAAAGUGCAGCAGUUGGCCAUGAUGAUGGUCUGAAAAAUAAUGUUUUGGAUAAAAUAAGGAGUUCCACUCCAAACGGUGUUGUGUUCACCACAGGACCUAAAACGUUUAUUUCUAAUGCCUAUUCUGAGGAAUGCUUGACACCAAAGAUUUCUAAAUGUGAGGUUUCCUUAUCCAAGACCCUUGCUGAGGCUAGUAAGUCAAGCUCUAGAGCAUGUGAGGUGCUUACAUCUACAGUUCCACAGGAGUAUCCAAUGUCUAAAACUGGAACUCCAGAAACCUGUAUAAUGACACCAGGCAAGUCUGUUCCAACAGAUAUAAUUCAGGAGACAUCCAUGCCUGUACUCUCCCAAAACUUUCAAACACCAAGUAUGCCUGUAUACUGGUCACCUAGACCACCAGCACGGUUUUUGGGCAACCAGAGGCCAUCACAAAAUGAUAUUAACAUCCCGAAACCAAAGUCAACUUAUUACGGUUUAACACCUGCUGAAUAUAUUGCUUAUGGUGGAAUCAAGGUGAAUUCACAUGGUGAUCCUUCUGUAUCUAAGCCUGAAGUACCAGAAGAUUUUAAAAACAUGGCAUAUGAGAAUUUCAUGAUCAAAUCUCCUACCAAGACAUCACAAGAAACAUUCAGUAUUAUUUCUAAUUUCAAUGCAGAGAAAUCCUCAGAGGCUUUACAUACUUCAGUGGCUGCAUUGCCCUCACAAAUCUUGAUGACAAACCAAGAAAUGGUACAAGUAACUGACAAAACUGAACUAAAAACUUCGGCUUCGGAAAUACCAGAGCAAGAAACAAUCCCUGGAGUAAAACUAGUAUAUCUAGAUUUAAAUCCUGAAGAUACAAUGUACAAUGGGCUUCAAACUACACCUUUAAGAAAGGCCCUAAACCCCACUGCUGUAGCAGAGGCUCCUAGACAACUAAAUGCAGGGUCUACAGAUAUAGCCUCCCCUCCUUUUACAGCAGAGGGGAAAAAAAUGCCAACUUACCCUUUUCCCCUCGUACAAUCAAAUAUUCCGAACUCAAAUAUAACCGGAUUGUUAACAAAGAAUUUCUUAUCAGUUCAAAAUAUCCCACUGCAAACGGGGCAGUCAGAGAAUGCACACAGAUCUAUAUAUCCAACAGAAAGUUUUAAUCCUGCGUCAGUGAAAGCAAUGCAGUUACAAGUUUCUGCAAAUCAAGAGCAGAAAACCAUGUCAUGUUUAGAAACCCACCAGACUUACUCCACUGUCUGUGACUCUUCUAUUGCUAUCAAUAAAGGUAAUGAACUUCACAGUAUCAUAAACACCAAAACUGAAGGUUUCAAUAAAAUCACGACAAACUCAACCAGUGUCACAGACUCUAGAAUGCCAUCUGCAGACACCAGAAGUUACACUAAAGUCCCCCCUGAUAUUAAGCCUACAGCCCUCUCAAAGCCAGAGGAAACUAAAUUUACAGUUCACUCAAAGUUAGGUGCAUCUAUCAUUACAGCCCCCUCAAAGACAGAAAUAUCCAGACCUGAAGCCACAUGUAUAUCUAAUGCAGACAGUCCUGAUGUUUUGCCCAAAUCAAACAUACUUAAUUCUCCAACUCCCGAUAAAACAGAUAUAUUUAAUACUCUGAGUCACUCUAAACCAGAGCCAUCUCAACUUGCAAAAUCAGAUAAAUCUUAUCCUGUAGUUUACUCUAAAUCAGAAGAAAAUAAAACUGAUGUUUUAAUAAAUCCAGAUUCAACACCUCCCUCCUUGAAAACCAUUGCUAAAAUCAAUCAAACCCCUGAAGAAACCAAAGAUCAGCAGAUGCAGAAACAGAAACAUGACAUGAAUGUGAAAUCUAUUCCAUGCCCUACAAACAAAACAAACAGGUCAUCCAAAGUCCCCCCAGAUGUACAGAUAUUUUCACCUGCGCCUAUCACUGAAGCCCCAGUCACCCACCUGGCAAUGGAUAAAUCUUCUAAUCCAGACAACAGCAAUGAAGGAUUAAUAGCCCUAAGUGCUAAUAAAAAAGAGCCAAACCAAAAGCGCCAUUUGGCAUCAGACUUACAGGAAUCUAAUAAAACAAACACUGAUUUCAAAGCGGUAGCUAAAGUCACAGACGAAUCUAAAUUAAGCAAUUCACUAACACAACAAAGACAUUUAAAUGCAAUAAUCAAACCAUCAAAUAACAUACACCAAGACACCAAAUCGAAUAUGGAAAAGCCUUUACCGUGUUCAAAUAUGAAGUCUCUUCGAAAAGCCCCAAGUGCAGACAAUAGUCUUGCCGCCAUGCUUCUCAAGGCUGCCAAAUCUCUACCACUCUCUUUAUCUGAAGAAAGCUCUGCUAAAUCCCAGACAGAAGCCAAAGCCUCUAAUAUGAAUGUAAAGGCACAACAUGCUCAGGAUUCAAAAGCUGAUCUUGUCAUAGAUGCUGAGGUCAAAGUGUUUAAGUCUGAUACCUCAAAACCUCAAAAGUGUUUAAAAGAUUCAUUAGAAACUGAAAAACAGAACGAGGCUGUUGCCACUGAUGAUGGCAAGUUUAGCCAAGAGACUCUCUCUGAACCCACACUAGAUGAUCAGAAGAAACUAAAUGAACCUAAGGGGGCUCAGAAACCCAAAGGCCUGAAGGCCAAGCUCAGUGGCUGGACAAGACUGAAAAAGCACAUGGUGGUUGAACCUGAAGCCCCCAGUUUUCCAGAGUCUGAGGUGGAGAAAAAUUCUCAGAAAACAGAUAUAAAAAUAAGUGGUAAAGACAAAUCUGCAGGGGCCAAAGAAGAGUCAUUGGGUGGACAGGAUGUGGUAAAAAAGAAAGAUGAUCCCAGGGCAACAAAAAUGUGGGAUGCUGUACUUUUUCAUAUGUUUGCAACAAAGGAGAAAAUUAUGAAACAAAUACAUAGCAACAAAACCGAGGAAGGAGAGCAGAAAAACAUUGAGAAGGAUGGCCAGUUAGUCCCAUCCUUCGUCCAUCGCCUGCCCAUCCUUCUCUACAGUCCGCGCUUUGAUGCCCGGAAACUGAAGGAGGCAGCUGCGAAACCUCUCAACAAAAUAGCUACAGCCUUUGAAAGAGGGCUGCUGCAUCGCAAACAGCAAGGUGAAGAGCCGAAAGACUUCAACAGAACAGCCAAAGGAUUCGGUGCAUCUACAGGAAAAACAGCCGUUUGAUUGCAUUUCAAAUGCACAGUGUAAAGCUUAAACUAAGAGUUAGUUAGAAUUACAAUUCAUUUACAAUUUAUACAAUUAUGUAGUGUUUUAGCACUGUAAAUUUAUUUUCCUUUUUUAUAUGAAAUCAUCAACAUCGAGACAAACAAGCUAUGCACUGUGCUCUGGUCUGAGCAGUGCAAGUAAAGAGAUGGUCAGCAGAAAUGGAGGCCUAGUGCAUUCCUGCUGACUGAUGGGUGCAUCUGUUCAGGAUGUGGCGAGUGAGGAAGGGAGCGAGGGCUGAAAACGUAAUGGUGAGAAUGAUCAAACAAGGAAAGAGGCUCAGAGUGUGGUGUGGCAUCUGGGGAAUGGAUCCUGGGUCUAGGUUUUCUUACGUCAGCUGAGGCGCGUGGUGCGAGCAGACAUGUUUAGAAUAGAGAGCUUCAGAAUGUGAUGUUUUGAGCGGCGUCAAGAGCCCUGCUCAGAAUGACUUAUGGUAUGAUGGUGGUGUUGUUCAUUUAAAAAAAGGGCAGAGGGAAAAUAGGAAAAGUAUAACUAGAACAGGUAGGAGAGACCUUUAAAAUAAAAAAAUCGAAAUCUCAAGAUCUUGAUCAUGGAUUUAGAUUAAAAUGUACCGUAUAUGACCCUUUUGAACUGGUCUUUCUUUUUUUAUAUAGCUUAAAACCAGUGUUGGAUGUUUUCUUACUAAAACAUUUCAAAAUGUUGCAAGUGAUUUCAUGCUUCGAUUAUUUUCUUGUUCAGUGUGAUGAGUACUGAGGAUGAUUAGACUGACAGGUGUGACAGCAGCCAUGUGAAAUGUAUUUAUUUUUUGUUUUUGUAGAUAUGCAGCAGCUCAUGUACAGCACAUUAUCAUAUUUUAGUUACUUUGGUAAAGCAUAAAUUACGUCUGUGUAGUAAUGAAAAUGCUGAAUUUAUAUUUUGUUAUUUUGAAUUAAAAAAAUAUUUUAAUAAAGAAAGUAAAU